CGAGUGGAUCACCGCCAUAUCGGGGCAAAUGGAUGACGACCGUCGACAUCUGGUGACGUCCACUUCCUGGAUUGGGCGCCUCAAAGUAAAAUGUGAGCAAAGCCACUCCGGGGAAGGAGAGCACCAGAUCAAGAGCAGUCCCGUGAUUGGUCGAGUUCUCCGUCCUCACUCCACACCGGCCACACUUGUCUGGUUAGAAGAAAACUACGAGGUUGCCGAGGGGGUCUGCAUUCCACGAAAUACCCUGUACCUGCAUUACGUGGACUUCUGUACCAGGAACACAAUGCAACCGGUCAACGCGGCAAGUUUCGGAAAGAUAAUCCGGCAGCAGUUUCCGCAGCUGACCACAAGGAGGCUGGGCACCAGAGGCCAGUCCCGCUACCACUACUACGGCAUCGCAAUCAAGGAAGCGUCACUUUACUUCGAAUCGUCCUAUUCCAGAAGCUCGGGCUGUGGGUGA